GGGCUGCUCCUGAAAGAGCGGGGAGGCGGGCCGGCGCGCGCGCGCCUGGAGCCUGCCGGAGCGGGACGCGGGGCGCCGCGCGCCCGCCGGCCCGCCGGCCCGCCCUCGGCCCUCGGCGGCACGCUCCGCCCGGCGCCGGGAGGCGCAGGGGCGCACCAUGCCUGCAGACACCCCGGGGAAGCCGAGAGCCUCGCCGCUGGCGGGAGCGCCAGCCAGCGCCAGCCGAACCCCAAACAAGCCCCGGAGCGCGGCCGAGCACCGCAAGGUGGGACCUGGUCGGGUCGGGGUUAAGGGGUGCGGGCUGGGGAUGGAAGGACGCGGGACUCAGCCGCUGCCCGACCCGCAGUCCUCCAAGCCGGUCAUGGAGAAGCGGCGCCGAGCGCGCAUCAACGAAAGCCUCGCGCAGCUCAAGACCCUCAUCCUGGACGCCCUGAGGAAAGAUAGCUCCCGCCACUCGAAGCUGGAGAAGGCGGACAUCCUGGAGAUGACCGUGAGGCACCUGCAGAGCCUGCGGCGCGUGCAAAUGACAGCCGCGCUCAGCGCAGACCCCGCCGUCCUGGGCAAGUACCGCGCCGGCUUCAACGAGUGUCUGGCCGAGGUGAAUCGCUUCUUGGCCGGCUGCGAGGACGUCCCGGCUGACGUGCGUUCUCGCCUGCUCGGCCACCUGGCGGCCUGCCUGGGCCGGCUGGGGCCCCCCGCCUCGGAGCCGCCCACGUCCGGUGUCUACUCCGGCAGGCAGCCCCGGCCGGCGUCUGACGGCCCCUUCCCGCUGCUUCGGCCCUGGGCAGCCCUCGCGCUGCCGCUGCUGCCGGGGCUGACCGCGGCAUCCCCCGCCGCCCCCUUGGCGGGGCCGCAGGGCCCCGGGGAGCCCUGGAGGCCGUGGCUGCGGUGAAGUCUCCCGUUCCAGGGCCGCGGCCGUCGCUGGGACUGUACCGGGGAAUAUUUAUUUCCAGAGACCGCGACGAGA